AGGCUGCAAACACAAAUAUUGUGGCCCUAACCGACCUUAUCCUAGUAAGCAUGGAUUAAAUAUGUCAGCACCAUGAAGUGAACCGUAACAAGAUGAUGAACUAUAGAAACCUGGUUCAGUUCGUGGGCUACGAGGGACCUAUCCACAUGAACGAGGACCAGUUCAGAGCCUUCUGGAACCCUCUUAGUGAACCGUAUAGGAGAGAGGGAGGUAUCUCCAAAGUCAUACUGUCCCAGCACAGAAGUGGCUACUUUGACUUCAACAAGAAGCUCCCGUACAUGUAUCUCAGCAAGAGUUGGUGGUUUCCAGGUUAUAAAACCAAGAAAACCUUCCUGAGCGGGAGGAGCGGUAAGAUUGGCCCCGUGUCUGUUAAUCAACUCGGGAUCUUCCAGCUCCGGGAGACCAAGACGAAGAAUAGUAAAACUUUCAACCAUCUCCCUCACAUGCCAGAUAAAGAUAUUCUUAAACUUAUGGGUAUAGUUUCAGUGGACCAAAGUAACUGCGACCUAUCAGAACCCUCCAUGUUAGGAGAGAAAAUGAGCAAGCUGAGUGGGUACCUGUGCCACUCUAUCUACGAGCUACACCCUGUAGCGAGAGAGUAUCACACACAGAAGAGGAGAAACAAGGAAACUCCUGAAUCAGAGCAAACCCCUUGGAUGAGGUGUCCGUGUCGUAUUAGUGGCUGGAUUGUAGAAGUUUACUUCAACUCAAAGGACGUGGACACUCAAGGGCGUGUGCAACGCAGCGGACCAGUUCUAUCAGAACUUUAAGUACUGGAAGUUCGCGUUCCACAAGGACCAGGACCUGAUCGAGACACCCACCACCAGAUCGGACUCUGACCUGGACCUGGAUGAGGCUGAUGAGCACGCAGACCACCUGCUCGUAUCGAGCAUAUAACGUGAGGAGUUAGACAUCUUGCAGUCGACUUAGUCUUAGGUGAAUGAUCCAAUCUUAUUGUAGCAGCAUUUGGUAUUCUGAGGAUAUGUUAUUAAUCAAAUGAGAGGGUUGGAGUAAAAAAUGUUUUGCCAUGAGUGUUUUGGUGGGGAACGAUUUAGGGUUAAAUACUAGAUUUUAUUUUUCAAGGAAGUGUUGUAAAUACGUUUAAGAAUUUACGUUGAGAGUAUAACUAUUAACUAAUUCUGACUGUAAAUAGAUGCCAACUUAUUACUUUGAUCUGGCCGUUAAACUUACAGUUUAACUUGAUUAAUUCUUCCCAAGGUUAGUUUUACAUUUAAUAAGCUCAUUAGUUACGUCUUAUAGUUAGGGAGUUUUGAAAUUACUUAUGUCAAUAAAUUUAGCAUCGAAUGUUACCUUACGCCAAGAAAUACUUGAAUGAAAUCCAUGUUCAGACCAUCUUGGUAGUACUGGUAGUGAUUUUGGUUUACGGGCCUUAUUACAGCUUAUCUUUUAGAGUUAUAAGCUUAAUGAUAUGGCUACUGGCUAGUACUUUUAAUUAUCUUAGGUUGCCUUAGGCAACAACGUACUGGUUACUUCUUCAUGCUGACGAUCUCUUGUACAUUGUAGUAGAAUAGGUUUUUAUGACAAAUUUUAUUGUAUCGUUUUUAUGUUUUUAUUUUUCGUUUUAUAAAAAAUUGUGUCUUAUUUU